AUGGCUAGUGGCUCACAAGAUCUAUGGUCGAGGAUCAGAACAGCUCUAAAUAAGAGUGGCAAUGAGAGCCGUCAAGAUAACAGCAACAUCAGUCGCCACAGCAAGUAUUCCACCUUUCGGCCACGGAACGGCGAUAGCCAGCACUCUGCCAAGAGUGAAAGUCAAACGAACCUUGCCAGAAAUGCCAUCCUUCGAACAGAUGACUACGAGGUGGAGUUGGAGGAUCAAAAGCACUCGCAAAGUUCCGUAGAUUAUGGAGAGCAAUCUGUUUAUUGA